GAGGGAAAGGAUUUUGAACUUUACAUUGAAAAAAUAUUAGACAAAAAUGGAAUACAGGUUGAUGGUAUUAAAUUGCGACCAGGAGAUAAUGGAAUUGAUUUUAUGGCUACAUUUAAUAAACAAAUAGUUAUUAUUCAAUGUAAGAAUGUUCGCAAACCUAUGGGCAUAAACAUUAUAAAAAAUUUUCAAGCUUCGGUUUCUCGGUUUGCGGAAGAAACAUUAUGUGUUAUUGUUUAUAAUAGUAAGAAACUAAGUAAUAAUAGUAAGAAACGAAGUAACCACCAUUAUUUAACUAAAAAUGCAAAAAGUUGGUGGGAAAAACAAUGUCCUAAAAUUAAGAUUGUUAAUGAGGAAACGAUUGUAAAUUGUAUUAAGGAGCAAGGAAGGAUGCCGCAUGAUGAAUUAUAUGGGGAUCAUCAAGGUGUGUCAUAUAAUGACAUGUCAAACGUGAUAAGACAAAAAGCAGAAUCGAUUGUAACAAAUGAUGAUAUGGAAAUAGAUGUUAUUGUAGGUAGUGAACAAAGUGGUGACAAUUAUGAAAGUAAUAACAGUAAAUCUUUAUCAACCAUCUCUAGAGCAUCAUAUGAAAUUUCCGGAAACAAUUAUGAAUAUUUACCUACAGAAGAAGAUGCAUUUCGGCAAGCGUUGACUUCUCAAGCUAUUAAUAGUGAACAAGUUUAUGAUGUUCAAACUAUCGAGUCAUGGAGUUGUCCAAAAUGUACAUAUAAAAAUAACCUAUUAUCAUUGCAAUGUGAGAUUUGUUUGAAUGUACGGCCGGAUGCAAAUCAGUCUCAAAGGUUCCUACCUAUUGAUUCUUCAAGUCCACCGUGGGAUUGUCCUGUUUGUUCAUUUAGAAACGAAAGCGACAUAGUUAUGUGUAUAGGAUGUGAAUACUUAAAAUAUUAA